AUGUCAGACAUCUUAGAAAUUCAUUGUAAUACGAGUACGAAUGAUCAAAUUCAAGACAACAAGAUGCGAUCACAAACCGUCGUUGUUUUAUUCACACUUUGCCUAUCAGCAUUCUAUGCUGCUGGUUAUCGUAUAAACCAGUCUAAUGACAAGCGACUCGAUGGAACCCUUCGCCAACUCUUACGUCAACAACAAUUGAGAAGCAACAAACGCGGUGGUAACCGUUUUAUAUUCUCAGAAAGAUCCGAGCCAGGAGACGAAGUACCACUCGAGACAUUCAGACAACAAGCUUUAGAUAAACACAACGAAUAUCGAAGCAAACACUGUGUCCCUGCACUGCAAUUAGAUGAUGAAUUAAACAACAUCGCACAACAAUAUGCAGAAAAGCUUGCUGCAACUGAUACAUUUGAACACAGUGGAGCUACAUAUCACGGUGAAUGGAUGGGAGAAAAUAUUUAUACCGCCUGGUCAUCAGAAUCAGUGCUCAAUACUCCAGGUGACAAGGCAGUUACCAAGUGGUAUAAUGAAAUCUCUGAUUAUGAUUGGAACAAUCCAACUUCUUCAUCUGGAACUGGACAUUUCACUCAAGUCGUUUGGAAGGCUUCAACACGUUUAGGUAUUGGCAGAGCUGUAUCAGCCAGUAACAAGAUCUAUGUUGUUGCAAACUAUUUUCCUGGCGGUAAUUUCAAUAACGCAUAUGAAGAAAAUGUACCACGCUUAUGUUAA